AAAAGGAGCAACGUUUACCAUUGCACCAGGAUAUACUUCGAUCUGUACGUCACUUGUUAAAAGUAAGAAAUGGAAAGGUUUUCAUGGAGUAGUUGUUCGACCGAGCAGAAUGCGCCCGCCUCCCCUCUUGUUUUCUAGGGGGCAGUUCCCGCGAGGUGAGGAGAGCGGGCGCGUUCACUGAAAUGCUGGGUUGAUGCAUUUUCACCAGAUGCAACAUCGGAGACCGGGUAGUUGGAAGCACCGCGAAAUUUCCGAUCAGGGCGGACUGGAGAUUGGUAGGAAAUCCUUUCAUCUUCCUCAUGUGGUCGAUGCCACCCAGCGACUUUGAGCAGAACUGAUCUCCCAGCCGAGAGAGAAUUAUGUCCACAGGAGACCAAUACGAAGAUGUUGACUGCGUGUGUUCCAAUGGAAUGAAAAUCGCUUGGGACAUUAACGAUCCCAAACUGCCUCAGGAUGUGAAGCAGUUUGACACUUUUCAGGAAUGGACGGAUGGAUACGUGAGAUAUAUUUAUGUGGCCGACGAUAAAAACGCGCAGAGGCACCUGAGUGGCUGGGCGAUGAGAAACACCAAUAACCACAACUGCCAGAUCCUGAAGAAGUCUUGCCUGGGAGUGGUGAUUUGCUCCAGUAACUGUACACUGCCCGGCGGGGGCAAACUUCAACUCCGGCCCGCGAUUUGCGACAAGGCUCGCCAGAAGCAGCAGAAGAAAAUGUGUCCGAACUGUAACUCAGGAUUGGAGUUGGUUCCAUGUCGAGGUCAUAGUGGCUAUCCAGUAACUAACUUUUGGAGACUUGAUGCCAAAGCCAUAUUUUUCCAGGCCAAAGGAGUUCAUGACCAUCCAAGACCAGAGAGUAAAUCAGAAACCGAAGCAAGGAGGAGUGCUGUUAAAAGACGACUUACCUCUCCACAUUAUACACAUAAGAAGAGGCACAUGGAAUCAGAGAUGGGUCGAUACCAUGAUGGGGGUGGUCCCUUCAACAGCCUCCACCACCUGCCUUGCAUGGAAGCUCCAGACAGAUAUGGCAUUAUUGCAGAACCAAACUUUCCCAUUCCAACGCACCACUACUCCCAUUUUCAAAAUACAGAGCCUUACAAAUCGAGCUAUGAUCCCAGCAACAACAUAGGGGAGAUGACUUCACCACUUCAGAAGGUCUGCAAUCCAAGGAUCUAUAUGCCUCGAGGUUCGUGUGGCUAUGAUUUUACUGUGCCUGGUUACGUGGGUUCCAGCACUUAUCCAGCUCUUUACAAAGAUACUGGUAAUAUACAGCCUGAGGCUGACUCAGGAAAGAUGUGCAUGCAGCUUAAUGGAUCCCAGCAGGGCAUGGGCUCUUUGAAUGUUCAUGAUCGGAACUUAGAUGUGCCAAAUAAACAUCAUGGAUGGAAGCAAAUAUUGAAAGGAUAUGGGAACGACUGUGGACACAUCACACCCAAUUCCAGCCAUUAUUACAAUGGGGAAUACCCUUGCAGAUUGGCUGGUUCUGGAUCUACUCCUCCAGCUUUACAAACUAUCAUAACCACAACUACCAAGGUUUCCUAUCAAACUUACAAACCUAUGAGCAAGUUUGGUGAUAACAUUUGUGAUGCUAAAAAUCUUCCAAACUGCAACCAUUUGGCAGAAAUCAUGCCUCCUUCCAUAUAUCCUGAAACAAAAUUCCAAGAGGACAAUGGUGUGAUCAAGUCAUCCCUAGUCUACCAACAGGAAGGAACGUCUAAAACAGAGCGGUCCGAAGGGCUGGAAAACUACAGAUAUGGAAGUUGUCCCACAAAUUCCUAUCCUGAUCGAUUAGUUCAUUCCUUCAGAUAUGAUACUGGAGAAUACUAAAAACGAACUAAUCAAAUGUUUGCGUUGAGUUGAAUAUAAUUGUUGUUAUGGUCUCUGAUUGUGGUCCUCAUCAUUUAUACAGAAACUACCCUUUGGAUUGAUGUACAUAAAAAAACAAUAUUUCAAUCCAUUAAUGACCUGGCUUGCAAGAGAUGCACUGCUACUCUAAAUAGAAAGCUAUUCUGUGAAGAAAAAGCAUUUUAGGAUGUAUAUUGUAUACAUUUCUCUGACAUUAAACUUGACCUUUGAACCUUUGAACCUUUUGUAUUGAGAAGUACAAUUUUAGCCCUGUUGUUAACUAAAAUGUACUAUACAUUAUCUUUGAAAUGCUUCAAUGAAAACCUGAUGAAUUUAUCUGUAAUUGAAUUACAAUUUAAACUGAAACCUUUAAAAAUAAACCCCAGAAAAGCCCAGUAAAACAAGGAACAAACGAGUGGAAUUCAUUGAACUGAACCAUUCCCAAAUCAUGAAACGUUUCCUUCAGUUCUUAACCAACCAGAGACACUUCAAGUACAAAACUGCAGCUCAAACCAUUGACGCUUACCCAGCUAAA